UGAUAACUCUCCAUAAACACCCAAGGCCAGAAUUUCCUGAGUGGAGCAGGAGGGAAAAGAGAGGCAACAGCGCAGAGGAGAAGCAGCACCGGUGAACUUUUUUUUGGCUCACUGAAUAUGCCAAACAUUUUUCCCCUUGAUUUUCCUUAUUAUAACAAUAGCUAUUGAAUUUGGCAUGCACCCCAGAGUAAAGGAAAUGGACUUGUCUCCUUUAAAAUCCACCUGCAGCUCAUCCUGUGUGAAACUCUAUCUGUGCUCUAACCCAGAGGAUAGCGUGGUGGAGCGCAGAGCUCUGAGAGAAAGUGUGUUCCCCAAACUUAGAGAGCACUGUAGACACACAUGGGGCCUGGAUGUUAGGGCGAUAGACCCAUUUGAGUCCAGUGAUCCCAGUCGUUGGCCAGAUGAAAACACCAGACAGCAGCUGAUUAAAGAUUGCAGAGAGAGCUCUGCAGGACCUUUUUUACUGGCCCUGGUAGGACAUCAGUAUGGCACAGCCUGUCUACCUGCCCAGGUGGAGGUGUCAGAGUACCAGCUGCUGCUGCAGGAGAGCCAGCAGGCGGGCGUCAGCACCCAGGAGCUGGAGAGAGUGUAUCAGAGGGACGAGAACACCACCCCUCCCUCCUACUGCCUGAGACCUCCACACAGACGCACCUGCCAUCCCCAGCAGGCAGAGGCUAAGGAGAAAGAGGAGAUCAAGAGGAAUGCUAAAGAAGAAGAGCUGAGGAAGGUGUUUCAGACCGCUGUGAGUCUGUGUGUCCAUAACGGUGUCAUGACCCCACAGAGAGCCCAUAGCUACUCCAGAUCAGCCCUCGACGCAGACCUGCGAUUUGCUCUGGACAAAUGUCCUGAUUAUGACAUCAACAGGCGCUGCCUGGUUUAUGUGCACAAAGUCAUAAAUGCUAAAGGAGAAAGAGAGAAGAGAAAGCCGAACUCACAACUUCAGCCACAGCCAGAGGCUGCUACCUUUGACCUAAGAACAACACCCACUGAUGGACAAUUAUUCUCAAAGCUUUGUGACAACUUCCUCCCUGGUCUCAUCACUUCCUCCCAGCUUCUAGUCUACACCACCUCCACAGAGUGUGACCAUCGCCAUGGUUACACGGCAGCCAGGAGGCGGGGCUAUGCCGAAUCUCUGUGUCAGCAGGUGUACUCUGACCUUGUGGGGUUGAUUGACAGCGUGAGCAUCUCAGAAAGCUACAAGGACUCUCAGCUCGGGGAUGCAUUGGCCAGAGAGCAGGCCGAGCAGGAGGAGCUGUGUGACAUCCUGUCCCAAUUUUACGAUGUCAUUCGGCCAGAAGAGGAAGAGGUCAGAGCUUAUGUGGAGAAGUGUGAACAACAGUGCCCACUAGUGGUGACAGGAGGACCAUGCACAGGGAAAGCAGUUCUUCUGGCACACUGUGCUCAGCAAAUAAAGUCUUGGCUACCGGAAUGUGAUCCUGUGGUAAUCACUUAUUUUUGCAACCUAUCAAUCAACCCUUGCCCAAAGCACCUGUUGUCGAGCCUGUGUCAUCAAAUUGGCCGUAGAUAUGACGCCAAAUCUUCCUCUGAGCAGAAUCCCAGCGACGUGGACGAUCCUAACCUCAGAGACAACAAUGCCAACUGUAGCUCGACAUCUAAUCUGGAUCCUCACCAUGCAGCCAGCAUAGAGCAUGUUUCUGCCUAUAACCAGGACCUUAGUGCCAUACCAUGCCCAGAUUCCAGAGGACCUAACUCUGGUAUCAUAAUAUCUAAUAUCCGUUUGUCUGAGCUUAAAGAACAUCUCUCAUCCCUCCUCUCCCUCGCACCAUCUACCAAACAGCCUCUAGUUCUAAUCCUCGACGGCCUGGAUCACAUGGAAAACAACUUUGGAGCUCAAAUCAUUGAGAGCCUCCCCUCCCCACUUCCUCCCAGCGUCAAACUCAUCCUUGCAGUCUCCUCCAACCGAACAGGAGUCCUGCAAGCCAUCAAACCCCAAAGAAGUCCACCUCAUUGUGGGUCAGAGGGCAGUGAGAAGGAGUCAGGAUAUGUGUGUGUGCCGCUGGGAAUGGCGAGCAGAAAACAGUGUGCAAAGAUGUUGGCGUCGCUGCUGAGCAGUUCGGGAAGGAGGGUGACAUCGGGACAACAAGUGCUGGUGAACCAGGCGCUGACUUCUUGUUGUCUGACUCUCUACGCUCGACUCCUGCACCUACACACCUCGCUCUGGCACUCUGAUUCUGAUGUGACCGAGUCGUGUCUCCCUGACGGCGUCCAUGCCUCCAUUUCGGCGCUGCUGGAUCACCUGGAGCAGAAACAUGGCUCCUCUAUCGUGGCUCGAGCCGUCUCCUAUCUCACCCUCUCCAGGACUGGGCUCACUGAGGCCGAGCUCGCUGAUCUGCUGUCCAGUGAUGACAAGGUGCUGUCUGAGUAUGGUCAGCAGGAUGAGAGGUCUUCCUUCAAUACGAGGGUCCCGCAAGUCGACGUAGAGAGACUUCUAUUGGAUUUGAAGUGGUUUCUCAUUAGGAGGACAGUUGCAGGGUCACGUGUUUUGUUCUGGGUGAGCAGGCAUUUCAAGCUAGUAGUGGCUAAGAGGUAUUUAGGCACUCUUGAGGUGAGGAAGGAGAUUCAUUCGGUGAUGGCUGACUAUUUCAGCGGCCGAUGGGCUAAAGCACUUCUUGUAAACCAGACGUCUGGACCAAACAAAGACACAACCCACAUGGAAAUAUACAUAGACAGAAAGCCUUCCAGCCAGCCGUUUGUCACUUCUUCUUCCAAAGAGGUUGGCCGAGUGAAUUUGAGGAAGGUCUUAGAAUUGCCGCAUCACUUGCAUGAAAGUGACAAAUGGGAGGAGCUGGAGCAUGGGCUGUUAAUGUCUUUAGGGUUUCACCAGGCUAUGGUUCAAGCAGGACUCCUGGGAGAUCUGAUAGCCAUGCUGGAGAGCGAGGAAGGGUCAUGCCACUUCCAGUUUUCAAGGGAAAGAGCACUCCUAGCAAGCAUAUUGAAGUCUUGUGCUUGCUUACUGCAGAGCUCCCCCCAGCAGCUGCCAACAGUGAUGGAGACGAGCCUCCUCCCUUAUCUGGAGGUCUUUCCUGCACUCCAAGAUUAUGUCAAAGAGAUAAGAUGGGAGAGGGCAAAAAAAAAAGUUAGAGGAUUAGGAGUAGCGCUUUGCCCUGCACCCUCCUCUGUUCCCUCCAUUCAGAAUUUAAAGUGUGACACCAUGGCCAAGGACGUUUGUGUUACAGAAGCAGCUGGGACAGAAGGUGGGAUUGUAGCAGAGGUCAUGGAUGACGGGACCGCUUGGUUCUGGAAAGGUUCCGGGUGUGAUGUAGCCAAACUCUCGCUGAGCUGUGGGCAGAAGGAGCUGAAGUUUACAGGUGUGAAGAGUAGUGGUCAAUUCAUGCUGCUUUCCACACAAUGCAACAAGCUCUUCUUGUGGGAUGUGGCGGGCCCAGAAAUGUUUGUACAGGUUAAGGAUCCUUUGAAAACAGAGUCUGAACCAGAGUCAAGCCAACGAACCCCAAGCAAAAUUGGGGGGUUUGUUGCUUGUCAGAAGAAGUUAUUUAUGUGGUGGAAAGAUGAGAGUUUUGUGAGUGUGUUGGAUGUCUCCAGUGAGAUCUUGACUCAUUUCACGUGUCAGAGCUGUGUGACCUGUUUGGUUUGCUCCUCUGACGGGUUAUACAUGUACUGUGGGCAGGAGAAAGGCACAGUGUCCCUGUUUGACACCAACACCAACAAUCUCCUUGUCACCUGUUCAAACUCAAACCACAGCUCGGUUACAUCAAUGAUCCUGUGUGAAGAUAAGUGGGAAAUGGCCUGUGUUGACAGGACGGGGAAUGUCACCCUAUGGGAUGUGGCAGUCAAAACACAACCACCCAGACUAGUCAGAGAAAGUCUUACCGUGGGUAACUCUCAUAGCAUCCUCAAUACAGAUUACUCAGAUGAAAUCGAAACUUUAUUGGUGUGUCAAUCUCAACAGGUUACCCUGUGGGAUACAUGUGACUGGGAGCUCUGGGACCAGUUUUUGGCACCACAGGGGAGGGCCUUCACUCAAGCUGUGCUCUCCCAGGAUGGCCACCUUUUCCUGGCUUUGUUAGACACAUGUCCCCUGGGUUUGGUGUGGAGGGUCAGCACAGGGGAGUGCGUUCUCUCCUUGGAAACAAACACGCAGCCUCAUACACUCCUCAAAAUGGCCUCCGGUGUCGUUUGCGUCGCUCGUGACGGCUGCCUCACAGCGUGGGACUCGGAGACGAUAGGUGCCGCAGGUACAGCUCCGAAAAUGGGAUGUGGAGUGAAAGAGGUGGUGGUUGAACAAACAGGGGAGUGGUUCUACACCACUGAUGGGUCAGAGGAGGUGUGGAAAUGGAGAUUAGCAACAGGACUUCCACAUGCUAGCUUCCUACAUGAUGGUCCUGUGGAGAAACUGCGCCUUUCUCCAGAUAACGUCCACCUUGUGACACUCUCAGCCGGGGACAUCUACGUUUGGCAGACAGAAACAGGUCAGAACAUCCUCCGUAUGAGUGGCAGCACAGCGACAGACAUCCUGAUCACGCCUAAUAGUAACUGUGGUGUGAGUAUUUCUGAGAGUCGGUUGUCCCGGGUUUGGAAGCUGGCACACGGGAGCAUUGUGUGCAGCAUUCACCUGUACUUAUCUGACGCCCAGGUGUCGCCUGAAAGCACCUUCCUUAUUGGCCGUCGCCAUGGAGACCUGCUAGCUGCCAGUCUGUGGUCGGGCUCGAUCAGCAAACGUUUCUCCUGUGUGGCAAGCUCGGAGCACGUCGUUGCUUUCCACACACUUUCAGAGCACCCAAACUUUGUGGUGGUGAUGGCCGCCUCGGGGGCAGUGUACACCUGGAAAGUAGCAGAGGAGACGGUGUGCAGACACUUUCAGCUGCCUCAUACGUUUCACUGUCAGCCGCAAGACUUCCAUAUGUCCUCUGAUGGGAGCUAUGCCCUGCUGUCCACUGACAACGAAGCCAUCAACCUCUUAGACCUAUCUCAGGUCAGGCUGUGCUCAUUCAAGGCCGAGGGUCCUGUCUUUAAAGCUUGUUUGGAUCAAAGUGGAUGCUAUGCUGCCUACGUAUACCGCCCCAACGCCCUGCAGAAAAGCUGUGUCUGUUGCCUGCACACGAGGCCCGUCCUCACAGCCGUGCGACUCGCAGACGGGGAAAGAAUAGGAAGCGUGUGUCUGUCUAAGAAUCCGUUGACUCUGGUCGCGUGGAAGCAGCAGUGUGUGUUUGUGGGCUUUGAGGAUGGGUCUGUAGGUGUCUACUCUAUUUUAGAUGUCAUGAUCAACUGGGAGCAGUCUGUCCGGCAGAGAGAAAAUAUUCAAGGUCCGUUGAAGCAGUGCCUCUUUGACAGAGCACCAUUCAUCUGGUUACCUCUAGCAACACCCAAUAUCACAUGGACUUAAGAUUAUUAGACACUUUUGCAUUGUGUUUUUAAAAUCCAUAAAUGUGAUAGCACACAAAGUGAAGAAUGUGUUGUAUACGUUUAUGUAUGCAUGUGUCUGUAAAGUGUUGAGAUUGUUUCUAAGCAGACAACAUCUAAAAACUGCAGCACCUUUUUUCCCACCAUGAUGAUGAUGAGUUUCAUUUCUGAGAAAACAAAAACAAUCAGUCACAAAUCAGUUCAUGCCACAUCUAAUGUAUGUUCUGUUAACAUACAGAUCAUCAUGACACAUGUAUUUGAAAUAAAAUAAUUUGGUACAAUAUAUAUUGACAUCUCUGUUUCUGUAUUGAAACGCUGUGACUCUUUGACAUGCUUAUAUCACAUUUUGUAUUUGGAGGAAUUAGCCUACUGUCCUCUUGCCAGUAAUGUCAGUCACACCUAUUAUUAUUAAAAAUAGACUAAGUUGUAAUUACGACAUUGAAAGGUAAGUAACAUUUCGUUCGUAGAGCCUAAAUAAACGAAAGUGACUUUUAAAGAUAGGAGAUCUAAUCUUUUGCUCUCAUGUUACCUUCCCUAUUUCGCGGCAAGCUCGUAAAUUAGAGAACUUCUGUCGAACAACCUAAUGUACUGCUUGCUUCUGGUCUAAAGUAAAUAAACUCUGCCCAGUAACAAACGUAAUCUACAUAACAUACGACACACUAUGCCACACUCGCAAAAUUAGUUGUUCAAGUGCAUAUUUCAGACCGGAAUUGUGAUACGUACGACAGCACGUGAAGGCAGCAUCACUCCAGA